UGAAUUGUAUCCAUUAGUUGUAUUAACACUUCCAGCUGACUUUUAAAAAUUGUGUUAGCAGAUUUAUUUAUUUUUGUGUAUAUUUAUCGAACAUGAAUAUCGAGUGAUUACUUGAAUAUUUUCUUCCUUAUUACAUUGUAAUUACAGAAUCAAUUAGUUAAUUGGCUGGUAAAUCAAGGAAGAUCGAUAGAUUGGUCUGUAAAACAAAAAAAACAAAGUUAACAUGUAUAAACGUUAUUUAGGUGGUAAAGCUUUUGAUGAUUUUACUUGUGAAAUAUCUAAUGGAUACGAUGGUAAUCACCCGGAAGCCUGGAAGGUUCGACCAUGUGAAUGGUAUAAAGAGGAAUUCAGCAAUUGUUCCAAUUUUUUUCAACGGUUUAAUCAGAGAUUUAUUUAUGGAAAAGGAUUAGAUUGUAGCCAAUGGAUUACGGAUUACAAAAAUUGUAUGGUAUUCCGUCACAGUGGUGAUGAGCAAUUUAUGCAAAAAGUCAUCGACAGUGAAAAUGAAAGAUUGAAAAAAUUUGUUGUUGGUGCCUCUGGUAAUGAUGUUUGGGAAUAUCGUAAAACUCCUGCACCUCAUUGGAAUAAACAACUUCCAGAUUGGUGGUACCAAAAAGUUGAAAAUACCUUUUUAAAACGACACAUGGAUUCUGAGCGAGAAGACUAAGAAUAGAAAAUUGAGCCUUAAUCAUUAAAUUUAGAAAUUAAUUGUGAUAUUUGUAAAAUUUUAUAACGUAUUGAAUUAGAUUAAUUGAAA